UGUUUUGCGCUCCUUGGAGGUGGAUGCCGUGCCUGACAGUCCCUCUCUCACACACACACACACACUCUCCCUCUCUCCCCUCCCCCCCUCUCUCUAUAUCUCGACCCACCGCGAUCAACUGACUCAAUCACUUUACCCAACACACCUGUAAAUCGAUCAUCUCAAAAGUGUAAAUAAUCUGAAAAAUAAGAAGAAAAAAUAUCACCAAAAAAAGAGAGAGAGAGAAGAGGAAAGAGGAAAAUAAGUGAAUACAUCAUGAGUUGUAAAUGAGUUUUCAAACACACCAAAAAAAAAAAAGCGUUUCUGAACUUGACUUUUUUUUGAGGGGGGGUAAAUCUUCUGCUGCAGGUGACCUUUGGAUCCCCGGGACAGAGUGUUUAAAAGGAGGAGAGAUCAUCGACUUUACCCAACGUGGAAACAACCCGAAACCCUGACGGAACACCACGGAACACCACGGAACACCACGGAACACUACAUAGACAAUAGAGUACAGUAAACGACAAUAUUCUCCAGGCAUUAGAGUGGCGAAAACAGACUGUGUAUAUUUACCUGUUAACUGUCGAUCUUUCUCUAACUGUGUAAGACUAUAAAGUGGUUGAAGAUAGCCAUUAAAAAGUCAUAGAGAAAGGAGGUGUUGUGGAGGCCAAGAGGUCAACAGUGGCCAAGAGGUCAACAGUGGCCAAGAGGUCAACAGUGGCCAAGGGAUCAACAGAGUCCAAGAGGUCAACAGUGAACAUAUAAAGAAGUUCCCUGAGAUGCAAAAACAAAUAUACUGCUAGAAUCGCCAUCUUCUCUGGACACCAUGAAUGAGAUUACGCCUGAAACGUCGCCCGAGGAACCAACGACGACAAAGACGAUGACGAAGACGAUGACGAAGACGACCACCCUGCAAAUCUUUCGUGAGGAGAGCGUGGACACUGACGGCACUACCCAGGAGGAGGAGGAGGAGGAUGGUGAGGGCGCUAAUGGCAGCAACAGUGGUAAAGGCGAGAGCGACGACGGCACCAGCAGUAGUACUAACAACGGCAGGACGAAGGCGACAGUGCCAUCCUCCCUCCCGGUGGUGCCUCAGAAGAACAUGAAGCCGUCCGCCAAGAACUGCUUCAGGCUGGUCAUCCUCGGCUCCGCCAGGGUGGGCAAGACUUCCCUAGUGUCAAGGUUUCUGAACAAUAAGUUUGACGAUACGUACACCCCGACCAUUGAGGACUUCCACCGUAAAUUGUACAGGAUCCGUGGCGACGUCUACCAAUUGGAUAUUCUCGACACCUCCGGCAAUCAUCCCUUCCCUGCUAUGAGGCGUCUCUCCUUCCUCACAGGCGACCUCUUCGUGUUGGUGUUCUCGUGGGACUCGCGAGAUUCUUGGAACGAGGUACUGCGGCUGCGGGAACAAAUCCUCGAGACUAAACAGUCGGCGUCGGCCAACACGACGGGAAGCCGCAAGAAGCGCGCCGCAGCCCGCGUGCCCAUGGUCAUCGCUGGCAACAAGUGCGACAGAGAGCAGAGGGGCGUGGCGUUAGAGGAGGUGCAGAAGUUCGUGUCGUCACUCAGCUGCUGUGCCUACGUGGAGACCUCAGCCAAGAAGGAUAACAACGUCGACAAGCUCUUCUACGAGUUAUUCGUCCUUGCCAACCUGCCCAUGGAGAUGUCCCCAGCACUCCACAAGCGUGUGUGUCCCGGCCAGACGACGCAAGAGUGCGGCAGCAGCAGUGGGUCGCGACACCGAGGCCUCUCCAUCCGCAGGCGGCUGAGCGAGGCGUAUGGCAUGGUAGCACCUAACGUCCGCAGGCCAUCUAUCCGCACCGACCUGCUCAUCCUGCGGGCCAAGACCAGCCUACACUUCAACGGCAUAGACACCUUCUCGGACAAGAAGCCCCGGCGAGAGGUGUCCUGUGUUAUCCAGUGAAUCCCUCGAGGUGUUGUCUGGUGAGGUCAAGGAGUGAGACUCACGGGUCGACUCCCUGUGAAACUUUUGGCACAUCCUACCUGGAGGUGGUCGCAGCGUCUCCAUGGAGAUGCUGACAGUGUUUACUGUUGGGGAAGUCCUCCACUAAGGGCGUCAACUGAUGAGACGCUGAGGGUACUCCACAGUUGAGUGAUGGGAACGUCUCCCGGUGGCGUCUUCCACCUGUGCAAAGUGACCUGCUGAUUGUUGUGAACGCCGACUGUACUGUACAUGUAGCUCACGAGGUUGUAUGUGACAGUGUUGACUAUAGAACGUCUAAAGUGAUGUAUCAUUAACACAAUAUUCUGAACGUAAUGUGUGAAGGAGAUGGUUAAUGUUUGGUGACGUUUGGUGUAGAAAAAAACCCAUCGUUGUGAGUGAACUAAAGAAUAAUGUGUCCUGUUUGGGUAAUAAUAACCGUAACGACUUUCCUUAAUGCAGUGAAGAAAAAAAACUUGAGUAUAUUGUGGUAAGCGAAGAUUUUUUAGGGGUCAUUUUUUUCCCCUGUACUUGGGUGGUUGGCUCGGCUUCGAUAAACUAUUUUCCUAAGAGAGAUAUAAGUCUCCCAUCAUGUACAAUAUGGUGUUUAAAUCUUUCGUUGCGUUUUAGCACAUAAUAUAUAUUUUAUUUUUCCUAGUAUAACAUUCAUUUUAGCGUCUCAUGUUCCGUGUAAGCUAUCCAUUAUGAGUUUGUGAUAUUUAUGUGGAGAGUAUUAUAGAUUGUUAGUAAAUAUACCUCAUGUCAUCAAUAUAUAUUUUGUAUAUGUUGUGAAACUCUCUGUACCAGUUCAGCUUAAGGCGAGAAUAUAGGCCUACUGAGGUGUGUCAUCCUGAGAGCCACACACACACACACACACACACACACUCACACACACACACACACACACACACACACACACACCACGUUUAUUCCUACAUGAGGUGACCGAACAUAGUGGAAGCUGGAGAUCAAUGUUUAACUAACACUCUCACAUGAACGACCCGUGUGUUAGAUAUACUCGUUCAUUAGUUGACAAAUUAUGUGUAUAAAAUAGACCUCAUCUGUUAGAAAAGUAAUAUUGACUGUUGUUGUGCCAAGGAGCCACUAAGAAACGCUUCUUGGUAGACUCGACCAGUGUGAACACCACAACACACGUCUUCACCUACUACUACUACUACUACUACUACUACUAAUACAUCAACAACAACAACAACAACAACUACUACUACUACUACUACUUUAUCUGAAGUGUCCUUAAAGAAGCACUUCAGAUGUAGUACCUUCCCCAGUUCUCAUUCACUCCACACAUGGCUCCAUCAUUCACUCACAGACGGCACCACCAAAUACAUUUAAUAUUACUUGAUAUUUUAUUUCUCUCGGUGGUUUUACAUUUUUUGAGUCACUUUGAGAUGAAUCUAAAAAUAGAGAAAAUUUUCCCACAAAUUUAUGCCAGAAACAUUACUACUACUACUACAGCUACUACUACUACUACUACUACUACUACUACUACUACUAUUUCUGCUACUUGCCUCACUUGAUCUUAAAUGUUCCACUGACUUAAUCUAACUUAGGAAGAGCGUCUGUGAUGAUUAGAUACUUCACCAAGAACACAAUUUGAAAGAUCGAAAGUUUGAAACAUGAGAGAAAUUUUUAUACGUGACUUUACGACUAACUUACUGACGGAGAAGAUAUUGUCUUGUCACCAGAGACGAAUAAAAAGCAAACUACUACUACUACUACUACUUACGUGGCCUUCAACCUCCCCUUAUAGCCACACCUUCGUCACUACUACUACUACUACUACGACUACUACUACGACUACUACUACUCGUUCGCGUUUGUUUCGUCAAGGUAUAACAGUGGAAAUAAGUAAAGUAAGAGGUUAGAGAACAUUACGUCACUUAUCCCUGCCAGCAGCUGUGGUCUGGAGGCGGCGGGCGCUCAUCCUCUCACCCAUACAUCUGUUUAUGAUAUUUAUAUGUCGUUUAUAUUCAUAAUAAACUACGAAAAUCUUAA